UUUUGGGGUCUGUGCGGUGUGUGCAAAUUCGAUCGAAUCAGUUUUAAACAGAAAGGCAAGCAAACAGCUCCAGAUACAUCUAUAGGUCGAGUUAUCAGCGGCCGACGUGCUUUAUAAUCAGUCAACAACACGACGACCACGACGAGUGCGCUUAGCGUGCUCAUUUUUCUUUUCCCCCCAAACUUCUACUUGCAGUUACCAUCAUCCAAUUAAGCAACAAAACAACCAACAAGAAAGUCCAAUUUUAAAGUAAAUACAAAACCGAGAAAGCAAAACAACAACUGCAAAAAUGUCUGAUCGCAAAGCUGUUAUUAAGAAUGCUGACAUGAGCGAGGAGAUGCAGCAAGAUGCCGUUGAUUGUGCGACACAAGCUCUGGAGAAGUACAACAUUGAAAAGGAUAUUGCUGCUUAUAUCAAGAAGGAGUUCGACAAAAAAUACAAUCCCACAUGGCAUUGCAUUGUUGGACGCAAUUUUGGCUCCUAUGUGACACAUGAGACGCGUCAUUUCAUUUAUUUCUAUUUGGGCCAGGUGGCCAUUUUAUUGUUUAAGAGCGGUUAAAGUAUUGUCGAGUCGGAUGAAGUGGUGGUGAGGAGGCUGGAAGAAGAGCAACAGCAGCAGUUACAACAACAACAACAACAACAACUAGAACAACAGCGGCAGCUGGAAGCAGCGGCAGCAACACAGGUGACGGAGAAACAGGAACAACAACCACAACAACAUCAGAAGAAUAAUGUAGUGAAUCAGGUGGAAGAGGAAACAACGGAAAUGGAGCAGAACCAAGAGGAAGAGGUGGAUAACGAGCAGUUAAUGAAACAAACACAAGAUGAGCAA